UUCUCAUCGCGCGCUUCGGACUUCGGAGUAAUAUUAUUUUAUAAUAAUUGGCAAUUGCAUAUUGGUCACGAAUUAAUUUUCUCACGUUGUUAUUUUUAUAGAAUGGAUAGUUAGUUAAGCAAGAUGAGUGAAGAGGAUAAAAUUGUUCGGGUACCUGGAGAAACUUUAUCAAUCAAGGUUUCUUCGGAGGAAGAGGCAUAUAGGAAAAAAUAUUUACCAGAUCCCAAGAAACUAACAGAUGAAAAACUAGUGUGCACAGUAUGUUCCAUCUCACUUGCACAGAAUAUUCACAAAGGAAAGGACCUCUAUAUCCAUCGAGCUUUACAAGUUCUCGUGUGUGAGGCUUGUUACAAUUUCUACGGUGAUGGUUGUUUCUCCGCUGAUGAGGAUGGAGAUGACAAGUAUUGCAGAUGGUGUGGUCAAGGUGGCACUCUCUAUUUGUGUUCAAAGUGCAACUGCGGUUUCUGCCAGAAAUGCACGAAACAAAAUUUAAAGGCGUCAGUUCUUGCCGAGUUGGAAAACGAUGAUUGGAAAUGCUACAUCUGCAAUCCUCGGCCUCUCUUCGGCUGUAGAACGAUUUGUUGGGGAGCCCAGCAACUCAACAAAAUUGGAAAAGAAAAAGAAGCAGAAAGGUUAAAAAAGAUCAAAGAAAGGCUAGAAAAAAUGGAAGCUAAACAGAAACAACCAAAAGAAAGAAGAUCGAGAAAAGCAUCAUCAAGUGAGGAUGAAGGAACAAGAAAAAAGAGAAAGAAAAGUUCCGAUGAAGACAGUUUAUCGCCGCCAGAGGUUAUCUCGGCACCUAAAAAGAGAAAGCUCGAAAAUAGAGAAAAAAGAGCGAGUAGAAGUAUGAACGGUAGCACAAGAAGAAGAAAAGACUCAAGCUCAGAUUCAGAUGUGGAAGAAGAUAAAAAAGUUACUAGGAAAUCUAGAAGCAGUAUUAGAAAGGAAAAGAUUGUUGAGUCUAGCUCUGAAGAUGAGUCUGACCACAAAAGAAAAAAAGAAAAGCUUAAGAAGAAAGGUAAAAAGAAAGACGAUUCUGAUGAAUCUGAUACUGGUAGGAGAAAACCAAAAAGAGGAUCAACAAAAAAGAAAAAGAAUUCAGACAGCAGCUCAUCUGAAGAUGAAAAAUCAAUUAAGAAAAAUAAGUCUGUCAAAAAGAGGGAUGAUUCAUCAGAUUCAUCAACUGGGACAAAAAAGAAGAAGCAAAUUAAGAAUAAGAAAAACCAUUCAUCAAGUGAAGAUUCUUCUGACGAAAGAAAAAAGAAGCAUAAGAAAAUCAUCAAGAAAAAAGAAUCUAGUUCUAGUGAAGAAGGCGAAUCAUCUAGGAGUCCCAAAAAAACAAAGGCUAAACCAGUAAAAGAUGUAAACAAGAAACAAAAACCUGCUGAUUCAGAUAAUGAAUCGCCUAAAGUAAAAAAAUCAACAACUGAUACCGAAGAUGUUAUUUCUCAGUCAGCAGAAGAUGUACUUGUAAAGAAAAGAAUCAAAGUUGCAAUUUUGUGGCUAAGCGCAAUGGUCAAAGACAUUUCUGAACUCGGUACACUUAUAUCUUUACGAGCAGCAAAGUUUAGUAAAAAGAAAAUAAAUACUGAAAAUUUGAAAACUUAUGAGGAUGUCUUGGAAUGUGUAAGUAAAAUCAAACAGCUUAUUAAUGGUGUUCAUCAAAAUUAUGAUCACAUAGAAAAGACUCUUAAUUCACAUUUAAAACCAUGGAAAAUUAUGACUGGCUUAGAAGAUGCUGAAAGUGAAAAAAAUGCUAAUGCAGAAGGUUCUAUGGUGAUUGAUGAAAAGGAUUCUACAACAAAUGAAUCUGCUGUCAAACCUCUUGAAAACAAAUCUCAAACAAAUGGUACGAUGAAAGAGUCAAAGGAAGAAAGUUCCAUCGAUAAAAAUGAUGAAACUCUAAACAAUUGGAGCGAUGACUCUGAUGACCAAAAUGAAACAAGAGCCUUGAUUUCAAAGGCAAACGAAUCUUUAGAGAAAGCUCAAAUUGAAGAUAAUCUAUCUGACACCAAUAAAAACAGUCCUGAAGACAAAAAGAGUGAGAGUAAAAAAGUGGAGAGCGAGGAUGAAUCUAGUCCAAAAUGUGAUGCAUCAGAAAAGCCCAGCAACGAAUCUAAGGUUGAAACGCAAAAAAAAGAUCCAACUAAGGAAAGUGAAGAGUCAAGCGAGGAUCCAGAAAAGUCAAAUGAAACUAAAAAGGAUUCAGAAAAGGAGGAAGAAAGUUCACCUGAAAAGAAAUCCCCCACAAAGAAAAAAUCUGUUGAAGACGAAAAAAGUGAGAAAACUCCGAAGAAAGAAGAAGAAAAUAAGAAGACUGAUUCAGAAGGUAAUAAAAGAACCAAACAUCUGCAAAGUGAUCGCAGACAGAAGACAAGGAGUGGAAAAGACUCUCCAAACAAGUCGAAGUCUUCCUCUCCCAGACACGAGGACAAGCGGAAUUCUUCCUCCACAACCUCAAGAGACAGGGACAAGCGGAAGUCUUCUACCUCAACCUCGAGAGACGGGGACAAGCGGAAGUCUUCUACCUCAGCCUCCAGACACAAGGAAAAGCGGAAUUCUUCUUCCACAACCUCAAGAGCCGGAGACAAGCGGAAGUCUUCCACCUCAAGACUUGAGGACAAGCGGACGUCUUCCCCCUCAAGAGACAAGGACAAGAAGGAGUCUAAAAUGAAUCUCAAACAAUCUCUUGACAAAGAUUCUUCAAAUUCAAGUGAAGAAGGGUAUGCGAAAGAUGCUGAUAAAAAAGAAUCAGAUAGUAAAGAAAAGGAAGAGAUGGUUCCAAAAAUUGUUUUGAAAAAAUUGAAAAGCGGAGGAUCCAAAGACGAUGAGGAUGAAGUUUCUAAAAGCUCAGAGGAGAAAUGUGAAGAUGAUUCUAGUAGGGAUAGAGAAAAGAAGAAUGAAACGGAUAGUAAAGGAAAAGAGGAGCUGGUUCCGAAACUUGUUUUGAAGAAAUUGAAAAGAGAAGGAUCCAAUGAUGAUGAACACGAAAUUACCAACAACUCAAAAGACAAAUCCAAUAGGAAAAAACACGAAGAAAACUCAAGAAGUGAUGAAGAGGGAAAGAGUGGUAAAAAAACGUCAACAAAAAGUAAAUCAAGCAAAUCCACUAACAAAACCAAGACAAAAGAAGAACACUCAAACUUAUUAAGCAGUUCUGAUGAAGAAGAAAUCAAACCGGAUUCCAAAACAAAAGGCAAACACAGUAAAAAGGAGAAUAAGAAGGAAGAAUGUGAUUAUGAGAUACUUGACAAAUCUAAAACUAAAAACGAAAAAUUGAAAUCAAAAUCGUCCAGGAAAGGCAAGCUUCAAGAAGGCAAUUCUGAUGAUGACGAUACUACAAGUAGUAAAAAGUUGAAGCUGAACAAAUUAGAAGGAAGCAACUUGGAGAAUGAGGAAACUGAAAAGAGAAAAGAGCCAUCCAGUGAUUUUGAGGAAAAAAAUGAAACCCAGGAAGAAGAAAAAACUGAAAUGAAUGGUAAUGCAGAUAUGAAUGAUUUUACAUUGGAUUUGGCAGAAAGUAGUAAUGAAAACUCAAAUGAUGCUGAAAUGAGUCAAGAAAAAGAAAAUGUAAUUGAGAAGAAAGAAGAGAAAACAAAGAAAAGUUCUGCUGCCCUAGAGGAGGAGAACGUUGACUCUAAAAAUGACAAAAUCAAAUUUGUAGGACUCAAUUCUUCAAGUGAAGAAGAAGAAGUCAAACCGAAAAAAACUAUUCCAAAGAGAAAGGCAGCCAAAACUCAAAAGAAGUCUCGCAACGUGUUGGCACUUUCAAGCGAUGAUGAAGGGGAGCAACCAGCAGUCAUUACCAGCUCUGAGGACGAAAAUGACAAGAUAGAAAAAGACGAAGAUUUCACUGUCACGUUAGAUGACUCCGGUAAUUCCAAUGAUUCUGAAAUCGCACCGAGAAAUAAACGGAAAAAUAAAAGUUCAAGUGAUAGCGAUGCUUCCAUCUCAGGGGAAGAGAAGAUUAAGAAGAAGAAAAGGAGGCGAGUAAAGUGUGCUGAUUCUUCUGAGUCAGGGGGGAGCGGGGAUGAGAAAGGAAACCAGGAUGGAGAAUCACCUACUAAAGGAGGUCGUAAAAACAUCAAAAAGAUCAAGAAAAAAGGUGACUUAGAACAAACGACGAUAGAAGCAGCUGAAGAAGAAAAGGAAAGAAGGAGACGUAUUGAAGAGAGGCAGAAACUGUUCAACCAGGUGUUUGAAGUUAAAGAAUCUACAAAACUGGAAAAACUUGUUUUGGAUUUUGAUCCAGAAACAAAAAAAGAACUCAUUUCUGUUAACAAAGAUUUGGUUGCAAAAAUGAAGCCUCAUCAGGCUAAAGGAGUCAAGUUUAUGUGGGACUCAUGUUUUGAGUCUGUGAAACAGAUCAAAAAGAAUAAAGGAUCUGGUUGUAUCCUAGCUCAUUGCAUGGGCUUGGGCAAGACUUUUCAGGUUGUAUCUCUGGUCCACACACUACUGGCUCAUGAGGAAUACACAAAAGUACGCACAGUGAUGGUGGUGUGUCCGUUGUCUACUGUACUUAACUGGGUCAACGAGUUUGACAAGUGGCUGGAAGGCGUUGAAGAUGGAGACAUUGAGGUUUUCCAUCUUACUAGAUAUAACAAGAAUCCAGACCGAGCUAGAGAACUUCGGAGGUGGCAACACAACGGUGGUGUCUUGGUCAUGGGCUACGAAAUGUUUCGAAACUUGACAAACGAAACGACCAAGAAGUUUAAAGCGAAAAUGAAAAAGGACUUUCUUGAGACACUGAUCGAUCCAGGUGCUGAUCUCAUUGUAUGCGAUGAAGGCCACAUGUUGAAGAAUGAAGCGACUGCUCUUUCAAAGGCCAUGACAAGGGUUAAAACUCUUCGUAGAAUUGUCCUAACUGGAACCCCGAUGCAAAAUAACUUGAAGGAAUAUCAUUGCAUGGUUCAGUUCGUCAAGCCCAACUUGUUGGGUACCUCCAAAGAGUUUCUCAACCGAUUCGUCAACCCGAUCAACAACGGACAGUUUGUUGACUCCACAGAUCAUGAUGUUAAACUGAUGAAGCGCAGAGCACACGUACUGCACAAGAUGUUAGAGGGCUUAGUCCAGAGGUUUGACUACAAUGUCUUAACACCAUUCCUGCCACCCAAACAAGAAUAUGUAAUAUCCGUUUGCUUGUCUGAGCUACAGGAAAAACUCUACUCUUACUACUUAGAAAAUGAAAGCCAGAAAGCAGAAGGUAUGAAGGGAGGCACUCGGCUGUUCAUGGAUUGGCAGACUCUAGGCAGAGUGUGGACUCAUCCUCGGGUACUCAAGAUGAGCACUGAUAAAGCAAACUGGCUCAAGGAGAAAAAGGCGAUGGAAGAAUCAGACUCUGAAGGAUCGCUGAGGGAAUUCAUUGAUGAUGACUCUGAAAAAUCCACUACAACUGAAGAAAGCAGCGACGACUUCUCUGAAGAAGAAGUUAGUAGCAAAAAGAAGAACAAAACAACUCAUAGGAGUAGGUCUACACGGUCCACUCGGCAGAGUAGUAAUGUUGCUCUAUUGGAGUCAUCAGACGAGGAAAAGCAAGAUGGAGAGGAUGUAGUGGAGAACGCCAACCAUGGAGACUGGUGGGGCAGCUUUGUAGAGCCGCAACACUUUGAGGACAUGCGGCAGAGCGGGAAACUGUUGCUGCUCUUUGCAAUACUCAAGGAGUGUGAAAUGAUUGAGGACAAAGUGUUGGUUUUCAGCCAGUCUCUGUUCUCAUUGGAUCUGAUUGAGUAUUUCCUGGACAAAAUUGACUGUGCUACACAAGAGGGGCGUUUAGACGAGAACCUAGACAACCACCAAGGCAAUUGGAGCAAAGGUCUCGACUAUUUCAGGCUAGAUGGGUCAACAUCCUCGGAAAACCGGAACAUCUGGUGCAAGGCCUUCAAUAGGGAAGAUAACCCGAGAGCGAGAUUGUUCCUAAUUUCCACCCGAGCUGGUGGUCUAGGGAUUAACCUCACAGCUGCUAACCGGGUGAUCAUCUUUGAUGCAUCGUGGAACCCCUCCCACGACAUUCAGAGUAUCUUCAGAAUUUACCGGUUCGGUCAGAAGAAACCAUGCUAUGUAUACAGAUUUGUGGCUUACGGUACGAUGGAAGAGAAGGUAUAUGAACGACAAGUAGCGAAGCAGUCCAUCUCCAACAGAGUGGUGGACGAGCAGCAAGUCCACAGACACUUCUCUAUGAACGACCUGACAGAGCUUUAUACCUUCACCCCCGCCUCCAAGUUAGAGGACAGACCUACCCCCGCUUUGCCGCGUGACCCACUCAUGACGGAAAUCCUUUCACAGAUGAAAAAGUGGAUAGAGAAAUACCAUGAACAUGACUCUUUGCUGGAGAACGUCGUUGAAGAAGAACUUAACGAGGAGGAGCGCAAGGCUGCAUGGGAAGACUAUGAGAACGACAAGAAGAGAGGCUUCAUGCCACCAGCCGGGCCACAGGGUCCUUCGGUGAACCCGAGUGCUGCGUGGAACCAGCAGAUAGAGCUUAUGCGGCAACAGCUUAAACUGAGGUAUGCAGAUAAGAGUGAUGAUGAAAUCAACCAGAUACUGGUAUACCAGGUGUCUCUGUUGAUGAGGCAGCAGCAACAACAACAAAUGCAGAUGAUGCAAGCCGCUAACAACAUGGGCAAUAUGGGAUAUCGACCACAAAUGUACGGCAACAACAUGAUGGGAGGGUUCAACCAGAGACCACAGUUGCAGACAACACCGUAUCUGCGUACCAUUGCUCCUCAGAUGCAGAAUACAGGAAACCUUCGAAACAUCGCUCCUAAACCCUCCACACAACAAUUCCAAGAUCAGGUCUACAGAAUGCAGCAACAGGCAAACAUGGCUAGACUGCAGCAGCAGUUACAGCAACAGAAAUCCCAACAAUCCAAAGGUCUCCUGGCUCAGACGCUCAGUCAAGGAGCUCAACUGCAGAGGAUGAAGCAAAACUAUCAAGAAUCUAGACAACCAUCUAGACAACCGAAACCCGGUGUUGUAAUAACAGAAAUAACCGAUGAUAAACCUUCAGGAUCCAGUGAAUCUUAAGAUAAGAAAUAUAAAUAUCAUGACACAUUCACCUUCAAGUAUGAAUUGUUUCAGCUCUUACAGGAAAAGGCUGUGGUUUUGGCUUAGUUAUGAUUUAAAAUAAGAUACCGUUGAACGUAUACAAUUAAAUUAUUUAUCUUAAGUUGUGUAUAUAAAACGCUUAUGUUAUUUUUUUUUUACAAAACUGAAGCACAUAGUAUGCGAAUGGUGCGACCCUUAAGAAGGUUUUCAGAUAUUUUAUCCUACUAUAGUUAGGUUUUAAAUACAUAGUAAAAUAUAGAUGUCAACUACAUAGAAUAGUAAUAGGGAACAAAAGUGUUGUAUUCACAAUUUCAUUACUUUAACAAAGGUGUUAGUUCCAGUUGGUGUUCAGUGUAUGUCAUUGCACCUAAUUUUGUAAUUUGUAAAACUAUCAUCUGAUUUCUACUGUGUACAAUGUACAUCCCUUGUGUAUAUAUAUAUAUUUGUUAAUUAAAUUACUUAUAAAUUA